GACUGCAUCUCCAUCCAUUGGUAGAUUGUCCAUCGUGUUAUACGUACUGCUUCAGAACCAGUUUGUACUCUGAAAUUCAGUCGAUUUUAAACGCCAAUCAUGGCGCAACAAGGUAUUUCAAUCUUACAUCCCAUUUACGACCUGGUGCGUGUGUACACGACGCUACUGCGAGAAAGGCCUUUGCUGACAAAGGCCGUGACCAGUGGAUUAAUAAGUGCCCUAGGCAAUGGCAUUUCUCAACUCAUAAAGGCCCGAUCAGAACAAUUCAAAGAGUUCCGCUUCAACGCCAAAUCAUUGAGAGCAUUUGGGAUUCUGGGGUUUGUAGGGAUCGCUCCUAUUGUCCAUUAUUUCUUCCAAUUCUUGAGCCAAGUAGUGCCGCCUAAUGCAGAGAAUGGAAUGGUGAAGCGGGUUUUGUUGGAACGCAUGAUACUCGCCCCUCUGAAUACACUAGUUAGCGUGGUCAUCUUAGACAUUUGUCAAGACCAAUUCCAUUGGGACAAGACAUCGGCCAAGUUCGCACCUGUUUUCCUUGGCAACUUAAAGUUUUGGACCAUCCCACAAUUCAUCAACGUGAACUUUGUUCCAAUAGAAUAUCGCGUGUUGUUUGGAAACGUUUUUGGAGUCAUCUGGAACGUGUAUUUGUCAUUUGCCAUGUCAAAGAAAUCUCUUGAUUAAUGUUGUGUGUUUGGGACAAGAAGCAAUUACUUUUUAAAAUUA